GAGAGAGAGUGCGUGUGUGUACUACUUGCCACAAGUGGUUGCUUUGUACAGUACACAGACACAACACCGUUUGAUAUAUUAUACCCCCCACACACCAUACCUCGCAACAACAUAACAAUCUAUGAAAUGGAUAUCCCUACGUCGUUCAUCGUCUCCUCCAAGCUAUCGCCGCUUGAACCUGCAGAUAUACCGAGGAUCGUUCAUUUAGCCAAACAGAAAUGUCGACCGUCAUGUCUUGAACGACGCAUGCGAAAGCAUCCCAAGACACCCAUCAUGGCCGUAGGCAUUUCAAACUUGCACGACAUGCAACGCGUCAUGACAGCCGAUGUGCCGGUGAUUCAUAUCCAACAAGACUGUCUAGCGCUGCGCGGGGCCCAGCUGCGUCACACGCGAGAGCUCAAGUAUUGCCGGGUGGUUGAAGGGCUGCUCAGCUCAGGACUGUGGGCACUGUAUUUUGCAGCAGUGACGACGGGUACUAGGUCAUCGAUGAUGAAGCGACGGUUCUUGUACGUGCCUAUGAUUCUGACGGCGUACACGGCGUACUUUUUGCGCACGUCGCGACGGGAUUACACAGUCCUGGAAGACAACGCUAGUUUUGUGCUGGUGCGCAACGAUGUGCGUCGCAGUCGAGUGCAGUUUGUGCUUCGGACGUGGGUUCCUUAUUGUAUACUAGGCGUGUUUGACGAAGCCUGUCUCCUCCUCCCCCUUUUCAAGCGACCCCCCCCCCUGAGAUGUUAUAGUGUGUGAAUGCUGCACGUUGGACAGAUGGGAUGGACAGGAACAGGAUGGAGGUAGACGGCAAGCUGCAAGGGGGUGGGUGCUGAAGAGUGCACGCACUUGUUGUUGUUUAGAACAGCAG